AUGACGCCCACGAGUGUACCGCCGACAACAUUCAACUCAUUUAAUCGCAGGCGAGCAUCAUCAGAAGAAUCAUAUUGCUACAGUGCAUGUGUUUCAUCGUCGUCGAACGUUUCAAUCCACAGCCUUCCGGAAACGAGGCUUCGAGAAGAAGAAGAUAUAGGAAGGUAUAGCCCACGAGCUGCAGUCGCUGGUCGCCUAGGCCAACUAGCUAUACGCGCGGAUCCUAUAUCCACACCGCAAUUUGUGGAUAGCCGUAUAGAGCAAACAUCAAUAAUCCAACCCCUGCACACAUAUUGGGCCAGUCCUGAUCACCAUGGUAUAGCGGCAUUGAACUACUCAGGAGUCAGUCAAAUCUGUGGCAAUGGACUGUCUACAGUUAUAGGCGAGGGUAACUCUUACAGCAAUACCGAAAUCGAAAACGACGAGAGCAAAAAUACAACUACAACAGAAAUCUCAUCGGGGAAACAAUCGUACACAAGUCCUCGCAAGAAGCGAAAUCCACUGUUUGCCCCAAAACUGCGCAGCCAAAGGAGAUCCCCACCUUUGUCCAGCAGUCCCCCUGAGAAUCCUCUCACGUGGCAUGAUUCUGAGAUCACCGGUCAUAAUCCGACAGACCCAAAUGAUGAUGGAUAUGGAAUAAAUGGUCUUGGAUUUAAGCCGACAGCAUCAAUUGCUUGGACCAGGUCGCAGAAAAGGCAAAAGCAGGUCGCAGAGUGGAGGAUCCGCGAAGCAAAGGAGGCACGAGAAAGGCGAAGAGAGAAACGGGAUGGCAUUGAGCUUGACAAAAUACGGACUAUCCAAAAGGGAGCCAUUCAGAAGAAGGUCAAAUUUGACAUUUGA